AAUAAGUGCGACCAUAAAUUCCACUCGGUUUCCACUUCUACAAUUCCGUAUUUCCGUCUUCCUCCCUGCCUGCAUGUGGAGUGUGAACACACUCUCCACUGCUCCUUCUUCCCUUCUUCCUUCCAACCCACCACCCAAGGGUGAUGCCUCGUGAUUGCUCCACUUUCUGAUUCCUAUUUCCCUUUUUUUCUCAGAUAAUCACUUGCUUUUGUUGAGAGAAAAGAAUUACAAGUAGUUCAUCCUCUGCUGACAGAUCUUGGAUUGUUGAGAGAUUAUUGUGCCUGGGGUUUCUGAUUCAUUGAUAUUAGCCAUGGUUGCUGAGUCUUGGCUGCGUAGUUUAUGGAAAACAACCAAGAAGCGUGGUGGGGGUUCUUCUGAAAAGCAGAUAAUUGGGGUUUUGGCCUUUGAAGUUGCAAGCUUGAUGUCCAAGAUGGUUCAUCUAUGGAAGUCUCUGUGUGAUAAGCAGGUUGGUAGUUUGAGGGAAGAGAUAAAGAAUUCUCCUGGGAUUAGAAAGCUGGUGUCAGAAGAUGAUGCCUAUAUUGCUAGGCUAAUUUGCAGUGAGAUGAUUGAGAAUUUGGGGAAUGUGGCAAUUGCAGUGGCUAGGCUUGCAAAGAAAUGCAAUGAUCCUCUCUUGAGGAGCUUUGAGCAGGCCUUCAAUGAUUUGCUUAAGCUCGGGAUUGAUCCGUAUGGCUGGCAUCUGUCCUGGAAGAAGAUGGACAGGAAAGUUAAGAAGAUGGAACGAUUCGUCGUGAUCAAUUCCAAUUUGUACCAAGAAAUGGAAUGCCUCGCGGAUUUUGCACAGACUUUGCAGAGAAUGAAGUGUAAUGAUGAUGCAGACAUCAUUAGUUUAGUCGAGUACGAGAAGAAGGUCUCGUGGAAGCAGCAGGAAGUGAAGCAUCUUAAAGAGGUCUCGGUUUGGGGCAGGAGUUAUGAUUAUGUUGUUCGGCUUCUGGCCCGAGGUGUGUUCACUAUAUAUUGUAGGAUUGGGCAUGUUUUUGGAGUUAAUCCUGUUGGGGACCAGGAAAUGAGAGACUCCAAAGUUCUUGAAUCGGAUAACAUUCAUCGUAGCCAAUCCGUUGCAUAUACACAGUCGUCUGUUCAUCCAGCUGAAACUAGUCUUUCCAGAUUUUCCUCAGAACCAAUUGAGAACCUUCUUACUAGGUCUGGUCCAAUUUCAAGAACAGCAAAUAUAAGCACCUUUUAUUCAGGCCCUCUUAGAAAUUCGACUUCCACAGCGAGCCUGGCUCCCGGAGGGCACAAAGCUGUUAACUUUCACUCGGGUCCCCUUGAAAUGUCGAAGGCCAAGCCUGGUCAGACCACCAGAGUAAAUAGAUCUGCCUUUAAGUGGUGGCGUUUGCGAGACCAUUCAGGAAAGUUACAAGGAAAAACCCCGAUUUCAAAAUCCAAUAAGUUGACAUCUGUAGUGGGGGAGAAUGGUUUUCCUAUGAGUAAUAGCUAUAUAAAUACAAAUGGUGGCUAUUCUGGAGAUCUGAGUGGUGCCAAACCUGUACAGGGCAAUUCAGUUUAUGGUCCUAUGCCCAAUUUCAACUCGAAAAAGAGUUUGAUGAAUGCUCCUCCCGAGACUCUCGGGGCUGCUGCUUUGGCGUUGCAUUAUGCCAACGUUAUCAUUGUGAUCGAGAAACUAGUUUCGUCUCCUCACUUGAUAGGGCACGAUGCAAGAGAUGACUUGUACAAUAUGUUGCCCGCCAGCAUAAGAACGGCCCUCAGAGCAAAACUGAAGCCGUAUGCUAAGAAAUUGAGCUCAUCAGUAUGCGACAUGGCUCUUGCAGAAGAGUGGAACGAGGCAUUGACGGGAAUCCUAGAGUGGCUUGCUCCGCUUGCCCAUAACAUGAUAAGAUGGCAGUCUGAGCGGAGUUUUGAGCACCAGAGCUUUGUUUCAAGAACAAACGUUCUACUCGUACAGACUCUUUUCUUUGCGAAUCAGCCAAAAAUAGAGGCAACAAUUACCGAGCUCCUUGUUGGUUUGAACUACAUAUGGAGAUACGGUAGAGAGCUUAAUGCCAAAGCAAUAGAAGAAUGUGCCAGUGUUAGAACAUUUGACGAGUUCUUGGAUGAGUGAUGACUGUAUGCUCGGGUGGAACUGUAAUUGACAACUACAGGGCCAUUCCAAUGGCUUCAUUGCUGAAAUGGUUCUCGUGAUCUCGUCACCUGCCCUUGUGGGACUUAUCCAGACGUUAUUUCUAGUAUGGAUUGAUUUUGAAGCAGUUAAUCUGAGACGUCUAGCACGUCCCAGAUAUGUCGUCUUUCAUGUUAAUGGGGGAUGCUUCUCAUGGCAGACAAACAACAGGAUUUCCAUUUUCAGCAUCCGAAUAUUGUUUCAGGUCAGUAUGUAAGUGAUGGCCUAUUGUCCUUUGCCACGCAAAUCUGGCAAAUCUGGCAAUCGUUGCGUGAAUGAGUUUCCACUUUUCUUUUUUUUAUAGAUGUAGACUUAGUUGUGCUUGUUUCUGCUAGGCAAUAAUAAUACAUAUAUACUCCAUAUAUGAGAUGCAAGUUGGGAACCUUCAUACAUAAUGUUAAAUGUUUGAGAGUUAUCGUCGUUCUCA